AUGCCAAAUUUCAAAAACGGCGCAAAAAUCUCCGAGUCGAGAGGUCUCCCGUCUCAACUAGUGGACCAAAUAAACGCAAGACAAGCGAGUGGUGAAUACGAUGAUGAUGAAAGGUUCAAAUCCCAGAAACCUACCGGAAAGAAAAGAAAAGCCGCCUUGACGAGAAAAGACAAGAGGAAAGAAGAGCGGCAACUUAAAAAGCAGAAGCAAAGAGGUUCCAAUAAGCUGCGACAGGAGCCUGAUCCUGCAAAGAGCACAAAGACUAAACAAAAACCCGACUCCCGAUCCAAUAGCAGUUUGACAACGACUGAGGCCGAUGACCCGUUGGAGCAGCUAAGGAGAUUGAAAGAAGCAAAGAGAAAUAAGCAAGAGAAGACGGCCGAGUUUUCGACCAAAGAGAACCUGUCGGACCAUUUGGACCCGCUAGAACAGUUGAGACGAUUGAAGGAAGGAAAAACGGGCUCCAGAAGCGGAAACACACAAGGGAUUAGAAUCGUCAAAGAAGACGACUUGGACGAUGACAACGAUGGCUCAGAGCUUGAACAGGAUGACUACGGCGACGAGCUGGAAGAGUUCCAAAGUGGUGACGAUCUCGAAGGGGACGAAGAAGAUCCACUUGAAGCAUUGCGAUUGUUGAAAGAGAAGAAACGCGGGGGAAACAAGGCUACGAGUGAAUUGAGAAUUGUCAAAGAACACGAAUUGGAAAAUGAUGAUGUUGAUUCUGAUAGCGGAGAGGAAUCCGAAUUUGCCGGUUUCGAAGAAGAAGAAGAUGAUGAUGAUGAUGAAGAUGAAGACGGCAAUGUCGUGAACGGAAAAGUACAGAAAAUUGCCCCACCGAAAUCGAUUUUGAAAACUAAAGUGCGACCUGAUGCAGCAGCGCUUGGAGGCGAUUUCUCAAGAGACGACGCAGACAUUGCUUACUAUGCAAAAAAGUUGGGAUUGAAAGAUGGAGCUAACGCCAAGUUGCAAAAAGAAGGCGACGAUGACAUGAUUGGAGGAAUUUUGGAUGGGCUAGACCUUGAGUUUGGUUCUGAUGACUCGGCCGAGGAAAAUGGAUUUGGCAACCAUAGCGAGGAAGAAGAGCAGGAGAGCUUGAGUGGAAGCGAUCUGGAGGAUUUUGAUGAAGAGCAAAUUGGAUGUGACGAGGAUCCUUUGAAAAAGUUGAAGGAACUCAAAGAAGCCAAAAAAUGCAAAGCAAGAGAAACCCACACCAAGAUUAGCUCUAACCCAGAUUCCCGUUUCAAUGAUGGCGAUGAUGACGAGGACCUCGAAUAUUACGCUAAAAAGUUGGGAGUGUCAAAGAAUGACCCAUUACCCAAAACGAGCGAGGAUGAUCCUUUGGAAGGACUACUCGAUGGACUAGAUUUCGGUUUCCACAAUCGCAAAGAAGAUCUUGAAUCUGAGCCCGAGCUGGAUGGCUCUUUGGACGAUAAAUCUGAUUAUGAAUCUGAUGAAUCUGAUACUGAGUACAAGACAAGAGAAAAUCCGUUCGUUGCCCCGGGGCUGGAUGAAGAUGGAGGAGCUACCUCUACUGAAUCACAGAAAUACAUACCGCCUGCAUUGCGGCGCAAGAUAGCCCUUGAAGGAUCGGGAGAAGAUUCAAGCGCAUUGCUAAACUUGAGAAGAUCCAUCAAGGGGCCGCUAAACAAGCUUUCAGAAGGAAAUAUCAACACUAUUGUCAACGAGCUACAGGCAUUGUUCAUGCUGAACCCGAGACAAGUGCUCAACGAGGAAAUCACAAGUGUUACGCUCGAUAGUGUUAUCCAACAAGGACGACUUUUGGAUUCCUUUGUACAUUUACACGCAGCCGUUGUUGCUGCACUCUACCGGCUCCAUGGGGUAGAGUUUGGAGCAUUUUUUAUUCAAAAGUUAGUGGAGAAUUUGCAGCUGCACAGAAAACAGGAAAGCAAAACCAAGGAAACAUCGAACUUGGUGUCGUUAAUGUCUGCAGUCUACCUGUUCCAUCUCAUUUCGUCGAAACUAUUGUACGAUUUGAUAAAGCAGCUCAUUGCGGAACUCAAUGAAGCAAAUGCCGAUUUGCUCUUGAGAGUGAUUCAGAAUUCAGGAAAUCAGAUGAGAUCAGAUGAUCCAUCUUCGUUAAAGGAUAUCAUCCUUUUACUAAACGACAAGUACGCUUCUUUGCCGAGCGUGGUCAAGAACGCGAGAGUUCAAUUUCUCGUGGAAACCAUAUCUUCCUUGAAAAACAACAAGUUGAAAGUUUUGAAUCAGGGAACUCAGCAGUUGGCAGUGCGGUUGAGGAAAUUUUUAAGUGGCAUCAACAACAAUUUGGGAGGAGACCCGAUCCAAGUUUCGUUGGAGGACAUUGAAAACGUGGAAUCGCGAGGUAAAUGGUGGCUUGUGGGCUCAGCGUGGAAGGGCAAUGACAAUAGCAAUGGCAACUCUUUAACCCCCGUCGUUAAUGAGGCUGCCAUGAAUGACAUUCUAGACGCCGCUGAACCAAACUGGAUGCAGCUAGCCAAAGCUCAGCGCAUGAACACAGAUAUUCGUAGGGCCGUUUUCAUCUCCAUCAUGUCGGCGACAGACUAUUUAGACGCGAGAGCCAAGUUGGACAAAUUGGCACUCAAGAGAUCGCAAGAACGAGAUAUCCCAAAAGUGUUGAUCCAUUGCACAACCAUGGAACCUUCAUGGAACCCUUACUACGGCAUCUUGGCGAACAACUUGUGCGACUCGCACUCCUUCCGCAAAACUUUCCAAUUCAUGUUCUGGGACUUGGUCAAGGAACUAGAUGGGCGUGCAGGGGGAAAUGACGAUGACGACGAUGACGAUGAGGGCGUGAGCUUCAUGUCAUUGGAUGAAAAUUCGGACGAGGAAUCCAAAAUGAAAAAGAUUGUCAAUUUGGGACGAUUCUAUGGUUUCUUACUAGCGGAAAACGCCCUACCUUUGCACUCGCUCAAAACGAUGAAUUUCAUUUCCGCAUCGGCGGACACUGGACUAUUUGCAGAGGUGCUACUCGUUACCUUUUUGGAUCUUGUCGGAAAAAAGUCUCGCAAAAACUCUGUUGGUGCCGGAAUGGAACUUGACAAAUCACUGAGCUACGAUGCGUUGUUUGACGACAGGCUACUUGUAGAGCGAGUGUUGAAAGCCAAAGACGAAAUCACGCUUUUACGAGGUUUGCAGUAUGUCUUGCAGGAGAAAGUAAAGAACAGUGACGUGAUCUCGGGAAGAAAGCAAAAGAUUAGAGUUUCAUGGGGAGUAGACGCAAUGUUUGAUGUGAUUGAUGAGCUCUUACGAAAUGCUGAGCAGGAAUAUUGA